AGCGGGCAAGCGAUCCUGCCUCUUAAUCAGCGUUCCACUGCCCUCUGGGCCAACUUCUAUUUCCCGCGACGUGAGACGCUUAUAGACUUUCAGAUACGGCAAUAGAGUUUUAUCGGGAAGACGUUGAAGCCGGGUCGAACCACGUUAUGACAAUCUAUUUCUAUCACCCACAACGCAGGAGGCAGUUUGGUUGUCGACUUGUUUAAUGCGCGCGGGAACGACGAAGACAAACGGACUGAUAGACGGCGUUGGGCAGCUCUCGUAGCGGCCGUAGCGAGUCCACACGAAGAUUGACACACACAAACAAACGCCGGCUCACAUUGACAUUCGAAAGCUCGGACGAACACACAGCGAGAUCUCCUUACGCAUAGGCAUAGUGCAGUGGAAAUUUAUCGGCGUUCUGGUUUGAACCGGUAGUACCGGUAUUUGAAGCCGACGUUAUCUAACGACGGCUACAGUUAGGUCUCCUGCUAUAAGCGAAGAAAGAACGAAACCCUGAACAUGGGCGAAGCCACGUAGGCUCCGUUUCCUAUUCCCGUCAGCGUGACGGCUGCACCUAUUACUGGCAACAGGCAUUUAGCAGACGGCGAUACUUUCAACCAAAAAUUAAAAAAAGCACGUUGUGAAACAAUUUAUUUGCGCGCUUUUUUUUUUUUUUAAUAGGAAACAUAUUACAAGCUUGUUGUUGCCGAAGCAUAGGGAAGAAAUUUAAUUGCUCCCGUUAGGAAUAGGAACGUAUGAAAGGAAAAAAGAUUCAAUAAAUAGAAUUUUUUUAGUCCACAUUAUGUUAAAUUAAAGUGCUAUAAUAACGGAAUACUGCAAUUGGAAUUCGAUGAUUAAACGCUGAUAUGUCGAGUCGGGAUGCAUACGACUGCAUGAAAUGGCCUUGAACAAUCGGGAAACUAAAUGGAAAGACCAAAGUAUUAAGUCAACGCUGGAUCUUGCAAAGUGCAGGGACCUCGAGGUGUACCGAGCGGCCCGACAAACCGCGCCGGACUUCUCUCGACUUCAGUAUGGACGUCAUUUUGCCGACCACAUGUUCGAGUGCUACUGGAACGAUGAGACAGGUUGGCUAAAACCGCGCAUUUCACCUCUGCACAACCUUAACCUGCAUCCAGCGGCCAAAGUGUUUCACUAUGGGCAAGAGCUUUUUGAAGGUAUGAAAGCAUAUAAGGGGGUGGAUGGAAAGAUUCGCCUGUUCCGUCCUAAUCUGAACAUCAAUCGCCUGCUCGGUUCGGCUGAACGCGUUGGACUACCGUUGUUCGAUGGUGAAGAGUUUCUCCAGUGCCUGGUGCAGCUGUUGAAGGUCGACUCCGACUGGGUACCACCAUUCACCUCCGGUUCACUAUACAUCAGACCAACGUUUCUAGGAAUUGAACCACGGCUAGGCGUAGGCCGUUCAUUGAAUGCAGUCCUAUACAUUAUUUGCAGUCCGGUCGAAGGCAGCUUCUCGCAGAGCGCAAAACCCAUCCAGUUGUUGGCUGAUCCGAAAUACGUUCGUGCAUGGCCCGGAGGAACCGGCGACAAGAAAAUCGGAGCUAACUACGCGUCAACGCUAGUGGUACAAAAAGAGGCAGAACGAAUGGGCCUGCAGCAGGUCCUCUGGCUCUUCGGCCCGGAGCACCGUAUAACGGAGGCAGGUACCUCCAACAUAUUUUUCCUCAUCAGAAAUGAAGACGGAUGUUUGGAGUUGAUUACGCCUCCGCUCAACGGAAUCAUUCUGCCCGGAAUUAAUCGCCAGUCUAUACUCGACCUUGCACGAUACUGGAACGAAUUCAAAGUUUCGGAGCGUGAGCUGACAAUGGCGGAACUUCAGGACCUACUCAGGCAAAACCGUCUCGUAGAGAUGUUCGGCUGCGGCACGUCAUCGACUAUUGUACCCAUCGAGCGUAUCGUUUUCAAAGACCCGUCAGGAACGCUGGUCGACUUACAUUUGCCGACAAUGAAACAGCGCAAUCCACUCUUUCAGAGAAUCUUUCAGUUCUUUGUGGACAUCCAGCUCGGACGGCAGAAACAUGAUUGGGCCAUUGAGGUUCAAUAGAUUUAGUGGGGACCUCUUCUUUUUUUGAACGACAGAAUCCAGGGCUAACAAACACCCCUCCAGCUGUAUGGCUGUAUGGGGUUUAAUAGCUGUAUGGGGUGAUUGAUUGUAGCCUAUGUCGUCGAUAGAUAGCCGAUCGUGAUAACACUGGAACAAGAAUAAGAGUUAUCAAAUAGUUCUGGUAUAUACUAGUUUUAGUUCCUACGUGCUAGAAGUAGAUGCCUAAAAUUAGUUCGGUUUCCAAUCGCGAAAAUAUUGGUUUUGCUCAAGCAUUUGACGAAAUCGACCACUGUACUGUAAAAUGUAUAUAAUGAUACUAUGCACAUUUGUAUAUAUAUAUAUAUAUAUAUAAUAUUUAUUUAUUCAUUUUAUGCUAUUCUUUUCGGGCUUAAUCGCGGGCGUUUUGCUCAGUUUCAAAUAAACUUAUGGCUAAUUUCAAGAAAAAUAGACAGGUCUGUGUGUAGUGUUUCGGAAGUGUGCACACAUCUUAUUUUGAAAUAGCACGCAAGCUACUUGAUAGAAAAUUUAAGUUAUUCCUACCGGUGAAGGUCAAACUGCAGUUAGUGGCUAAGCGAAUUUACUCGGACAUACCGUAUCACAGAGGAUAAAUCAAUUGAUUUGCUGGAAAAACGAGAUGCGUAAAGGAAGUUCUCCCAAUUGAAUAGGAUUUUCGUUUGGCAUCCUCGAAAACUGGCACCCUACUAAAGUCCAGGGGGUGGCCAUUAUUAAGUAAAUGUUGUAGAUGUUAAUCUGGGGCCUGACCUAGGUAAUGGUAGCGAUAAUUGCCAUCAGAAUGAUCUAUAUCCAAUGCACAAAAACUUUAUUAUCAGAAACAUCAUUAAUACAAAAAAAUGUCCGUGUAGACAUUUUAUGCGAUCAACAUGGGAUGGCUUCAAAUGUUUUUAGCCCAUCAAAGGGCUCAUCCUAAUCUAUAAGUAGUUGGUCAAUAAAAUUAAACACACUAUAGCGUAGUAAUAACAAUUAUAUUACGUGUUGAAGCAUACGGAUCUUGGAUAUGUUAUUCAUAGCCAUUUGUACUAAUGGAAAUGCUCAACAAUGAAUAGUUACGUUCGCCUCUCCAUCGAGCUCUGUCUAUAAUAGCUACACAACGAAAAAAUGGCCGAAUUGCAACAUUAUCCAGAAAAUAGGAAAAUAUUUAAUUCGUAAAAAGGCAAAAACCAAGUCUUGUUUUGAGGUAGUAAUUUGCUUUAAAUAGUAUCACACGUUUGGUCUAUUAGUCCGAAAGGAGCAAGACAUCUCGUGUCCGUCGACGGUUUUGGGGUAGAAACAGCGCUGCCUUCACUCAGCGAAUACACGAAUAAGGUGCACGCUUAUGCAACAGGUAUUUAUUAAGUUGUUUCUUUAAUAGAAUCACUUUGGUAUAGCAGUGCAGCGUGGCCAGCCUUCACAAACAACGAUUGUUACACGGAUGAUUUGACGAUACAAGUUACCAUACAUCGUGGAACUAUUUUCGUAACCGAAAACUCUGAAGGUCAAUUCAGUCAUAGAGUUCUCUCGAAUGAAUUGCGUCGCGUCAAGCGCUAGAUAAUAAUAAAUUCCAACUUUAUCACUUACAUCUAUUCAACUUUACAGAGGGUACCAUGCAUACAUGAUCAAUUGAUAUUUCAGUUGCUGAGAGUGUGAUAUAACGUAUGCGAAUAAAAUGUACAGACAGCCUUUACUAUUUAAUGACGGCCUUUAAACUUUGCCGGACAAGCUAUUACGUCUUCGGCACCUUCCAAUAUUGAAAAAUAUAGUAUAGUUGUUAGAAACGUUAAAACGAUCAGUAUAGUACAAGGCUUUGAUUGGAACUGUUAUAUUUUUUUGAUAUAACUGCCAGCUGGCCGGGCCAAGUCUCGUAUAACAUUAAGUUAAAAAUUUCUAGAUGAAGUUGGCCCAUCAGAGCAGCUUCCAGGCAGAGCGAGCUAAACACUAUUUUAUUGUAAAACUGGAUGAAAAGUCUGGAUGAAAAAAAUCUGCUGAGACUGAAAAUAAUUUCAAGCUUUGAGCCGGCCAAUUUUACACCUAUAAUAAUGUGACUGACAAAAAAUACAUUAGUUUCUUAUACGUUUUAUCUAAUAAACGUAUAUGAGCUUGUGAUAUAUGUCAAUAAAAAAAAUUUAAGAGCAAAUCUAUUGGAAACAUCGGAGAUUUCCGAUCGAGAGCCUGUGAUUCUUCCCCACUCGGUACCGAUUAUUAUUGUAUCUAUAAUAGAAUUCUUUCGUACUCGAAGAAAAGUGUACUACAAGUGAUACCGGAAAUUAUGGAAAUGUACUUGAUCGAGGCGAAAAAAGCUUUGAAGAACGUUUCUACAGUGUCGAUUAGUUAGUCCUGCAAUGAGUGUGUGAAGAUGCGGUCGAACUUGAUAAUUCCCUGCCUAAUUUCGUGUUAAUCGUUAAACGCUGACGAGCCUCAUCAUUAAUACUAAUUCUGUCUCGAGUGCUAUUAAAGGUAGUCUUACCCGCCUGUACGAUGCAGUAAACCGUGUAUACCAUCCAUAUACGUGCUCUCCAUCGUAUCUUGCAUGCUUUUAAUAGAAUCGCUAGCGAUCUUUACUAGGUCAAUUGGGCUUAGAGUAUCCAGCUAGUCUCCACGGAUAGAAUAUGCAUAAUAAUUCAAAAGGCAUCAAACUCCAAACCCCUUGGUUCUCAUUUCUGUUUAGGUAAGGGUGCGCAGUGAAGCAAUUGUUGAAUUUGUUUGUUAAGAUAUGGCACCGAAAAGAUCAUAAAUGCGUAACUGGCGACCGGCUCGUUUGACAGGGAAAUCAACGACUCGUUGUUUUAUACUAAUAACUGAUUCCAUUGGAAACGUAUAUGCUAAACUAGCUAAACACAUUCAAUCAGUGCAAAAUCAAUUCCUACCAAUAAUUUCAAUGGACAACCAAUCAGCCUACAAAUACACGUUCUAAGAACUCUUGUUAAAAAGAUAAGCA